AGGCGGCGGCCGAGGCGGCGGAGGCGGCGUCCGAGGCGGCGGAAUCACAAGCGGCGGGCCGUCUCUCGAAUGCCCAGGAGAGGGAUGGGGGGAGGGUGGCGGCGGCGGCGAUAAUUGCGGCGGCGGCGGCGGAGCCGGAGGACUUGCUGCAGGGGGCGCUUCAGGUGCCGUCGCGGGGGGCGCCCACGACCCUUGAUUACUGGGCAAAGGUCAAGGACGGAGUGAGCGGCGGGCUGCUGGCGGGCAAUGGAGCGGGCGGCGCCUCGCCACAGCCACCGCAGCAGGGGCUCGAGCCGCCUACCGCCGACACGGUCGGGGGCGGAACGAGGGUGGGCAGCGAGGUUGGCAGCGCGGCGGGCAGCGCGGCGGGCAGCGCGGCGGCGUCGAGCGCUUUCGGCCUCUCUGACGAAGGCCCCACCCCUCCGUCACGCGCGCCGCGGGAGGCGCCCGUGUGGGACUCGGACUCGUUCGUGUCGUACAACCGUUCGGCGAGCCGACCAAAGGCGAAGCGCGUGUGGGAGUUUUGAUGAGCGGAGAGAAGGCAUCUCGGCAGUAAGGCUUAAGACUCUAAUUUCUCGGCUCUAUGUAAUUAAUGACAUUUGAAAUCAUGAAUGGCGGCGUUCGGUGAGGCCCCCACGGCCGGGGGCGGUAAGUGGGUGAUA